AUGCCAUCUGAUAAAGAUCGACUAUACGUUGCUCUUUACGCUCGUAGCGGGGCUCCAAAAAUGCCUGGUGGCGAGGAUAAAUAUCACUGGGCAUUUAUCAUCGGCCCAAAGAGCGAAGGACCUUCUGCGAAUGGAAGACGCUGCCAUGUGAAGGAGUCCCUACAAAUAAUUGAUGGAAAGCCUCAGAAUACCUGGGCUUACGAGAAUCUUGAGAUAACUCUGCAACCAACUUCUGCCAUUUUGGUUAGGAUUGCGAUUGGCAAAGUUGCAGAUGGAGCACGACUUAUGGAAGCUUUCGCCAGAACUCCCAUACGUGCAGGAUACGCGGGAUAUGAGAGUUGGAAUUGUGUUUCGUGGGUUCAAGAAGCCCUCACUUGGGCGGCUCAUGACGGAAAGGCGUUAGGGACUUGUCAUACUGAUUGGAAUUUUGUGAGGAGCAUUGCCAUGUGGUACGUUGAAAAGAAGGCCGCUGACCACCGUUUUGACGGACAAGGGCAAUUUGACACUGGCAAGGUAGCAACGUGGGACGCAAUGGAAGGGAAAGAACUUAUUCCGUAA